GAAGCACAAGUUAGUGUCAGAUGCACAACUCUAUGUAGAUAAACAAUAACUGAUACAGAGCAGAUAGAAAAUUAUAGACUCAGAGCUUUCUGGUGUUAGAUAAAUUACUUAGCCCCGACAAGAUGGGUACUUAUAUAUCAGAGAAAGCAAGCCGAUGGCAUUCAUCGAAAAGAAGUGUUUGUGACUGACAGAACAAAACAUAAGGCGAAACGCGUAAAUAUCAUACCAUUGACCGUAAUAAUGCUGACUGUGACUCCAAUCGCUCCAGCUGCUAGCACGUCGGAGAGCGCAACGCCGAUUCCUGCGCGACCGCAAAAAGGACACAAAACUCAUGUUCGACAUGUGCUGCUGUGCGAAUCUGAAGCGAUCGCUAAACGGUCCCAUGUGAUUCUCGGGCCUGUAAUCCAGUGUGGUCAGCGCGUGCGUUUUGGGGGUAUAUAAGGCCCAGCGAGGUGUCAAAUACGUACCAGUGCACACAGAAGCCAGUGUCGCGGAUCCCACACCCGCUCCAAGCCGCCAUGAAGACCAUUCUGUUCCUGUGUCUGGUGAGUGUGACGGUGGCGGACCAAUCGGCCAGAAUUGCCAACUACCAGUACGCCAUCGCAGAGGAUGGAUCCUACGACGCCAGGUAUAGGACUACGAAUGGCAUCGAAGCUCAGGAAGACGGCAUCUCCUACCCCGGCAACAUCCCCGAGUCUGGCAACUACGUGAGGAGCGGCUCGUACUCGUACGAAUGGGAGGGCGUCACCUACACGGUCACCUGGACGGCCGACGAGAACGGUUAUCACCCUGUUGGCGAUCAUCUGCCCGACUUCAGUCACACCCGCGAGCAUAUUGGUGAAAUCCAGGACCACUUGUAAGGCCUGUCUCUACUCUGCUAUCACUGUCUGCUCAUGUCCGUUGUCCGGUCAAUGUUGUCCCUGUGCUGAAUGAGUAUCCAUCGUUAUCAGUGUCAUACUUGUCCCACGUCUUCAUAUCAUUGUUUUACAAAAAUACACUUUCCAUGUGUUUCCA